AUGUUGGGUCGUCGUGUCAUCGGUCGUAGCCUGGUCGUGGGGCGCUUCAGCACGUUGGCGUCGCCGGCCGAGUUCGUCGUCGAGCGCCUCUCGGGCGACCUCGAAGGCGUCGCGCUCAUGACCAUGUCCCGUCCCGCCGCUCGCAACGCGCUUGGGCAGCAGAUGAUGCGCGAGAUGCGCGCCGCCAUGGACUCGGUGCGCUUUGACACGAGCGUCCGCGUCGUCGUCUUGCAGAGCACGGUGCCGCGCGUCUUCUGCGCCGGCGCCGACCUCAAGGAGCGCAUGGCCAUGACGCCCGAGCAAGCGGCCGCGACCGUCUUUGGCCUUCGGUCGGCCUUUACGGAGCUCGAGCAGCUCCCGAUGCCGACGAUUGCCGCGAUCGAAGGUGCGGCGCUCGGCGGCGGUCUCGAAAUGGCGCUGGCGUGCGACUUUCGCAUCGCGGGCGCCAAGGCCCUCUUGGGUACGCCGGAGACGGGCCUCGCGAUCUUGCCUGGCGCGGGGGGUACCCAGCGCCUUCCGCGUCUCAUCGGCCUCUCCAAGGCGAAAGAGCUCAUCUUUACAUCGCGCAAGAUUGAUAACAUCGCGGCCGAGCGCCUCGGGCUGGUCGACUACGCUGUGGCCGAGAACGAAGCGCUGACCAAGGCGCUGGACCUCGCCAAGGAGAUUCUGCCCAACGGCCCGAUCGGCGUCCGCAUGGCCAAGGAGGCCAUCACCAAGGGCAUUGAAGUUGACCAAGCGAGCGGCAUGGCCAUCGAGCGCGCUUGCUACGCCCAAGUGAUCCCGACCAAGGACCGCCUCGAAGGGCUCCAAGCCUUUCGCGAGAAGCGCAAGCCCGUGUACAAGGGCGAGUAG